GAGGAGGAAGAGGAGCAGAGGAUGAGUGAGAGGAGGAAGAGGAGGAGAAGUGAGAAGAGGAGGAGUAAGAGGAGGAGUAAGAGGAGGAGCAGAGUGUGGGUUCGUUGCGUCCUCCGUUCAGUUCUCUGAGGAGAAUCUGAUGGUGACGACGGCUUCUGAGAGAGAGAAACAUCCUGCCUCAGUUUCCACGGUGACGGCAUCCCUCCAUCCUCCUCCUCCUCCUCCUCCUCCUCCUCCUCCUCCUCCAUCAUCUCUCCGUCCAGAACCGUCUCCUCGUCAGCGUCGCCAGGAUGGGAGAUAAAGGAACCAGAGUUUUUAAGAAAGCCAGUCCUAAUGGGAAGCUGACCGUCUACCUGGGGAAGAGGGACUUCGUGGACCACGUGGACCUGGUGGAGCCCGUUGAUGGCGUCGUUCUGAUUGACCCUGAGUACCUGAAGGAGCGGAAAGUGUUUGUGACUCUGACUUGUGCGUUUCGUUACGGCCGCGAGGAUCUGGACGUCCUGGGGCUGACGUUUCGGAAGGAUCUGUUCGUGGCCAACGUCCAAGCGUUUCCUCCACUGCCCGAAGAGAAGAAGAGUUUGACUCGUCUUCAGGAACGUCUGAUUAAGAAGCUCGGAGAACACGCCUACCCCUUCACCUUCGAGAUUCCUCUGAACCUGCCGUGCUCCGUCACCCUGCAGCCGGGACCCGAGGACACCGGGAAGGCCUGUGGAGUCGACUUUGAAGUGAAAGCUUUCUGUGCAGAAAAUGUCGAAGAAAAGAUUCACAAAAGGAACUCGGUGCGUCUGGUGAUCAGGAAGGUUCAGUACGCUCCAGAGAAACCAGGUCCUCAGCCCACAGCAGAAACCACCAGACAGUUCCUGAUGUCGGACAAACCCCUUCACCUGGAGGCGUCUCUGGACAAGGAGAUCUAUUACCACGGAGAACCCAUCAGUGUCAACGUCCACGUCACCAACAACACCAACAAAACCGUGAAGAAGAUGAAGAUCUCAGUGCGACAGUACGCAGACAUCUGCCUGUUCAACACGGCUCAGUAUAAAUGUCCGGUCGCCACCGAGGAGUCAGAUGACGUGGUGGCUCCCAGUUCAACUUUCUGUAAAGUUUUCACCCUCACUCCGUUUCUGGCCAACAACCGAGAGAAACGAGGCCUCGCUCUGGACGGGAAGCUGAAACACGAGGACACCAACCUGGCCUCCAGCACCCUGUUGAGAGAAGGAGCCAAUAAGGAGAUUCUAGGCAUCAUCGUCUCCUACAAGGUCAAAGUGAAGCUGGUUGUUUCACGUGGAGGGCUCCUGGGAGAUCUGGCUGCGAGUGACGUCUCCGUGGAGCUUCCCUUCACAUUAAUGCACCCGAAGCCUCUGGAGGAGUCAAUCUACAGAGACGAUGAAACUCCGAUCGACACAAACCUGAUAGAGUUUGACACACAUGACGAUGACAUCAUCUUCGAAGACUUCGCGCGUCAGCGGCUCAUUGGCGCCAAAGAGGACGAAGACGAGGAACCGGCGGAGUCGCCAAACCUCAACGACAGAUAAAGGCGGCAGAUAAAGUAGCGCCGCCGCUAACCGAGCUAACGGAGCUAACGGAGCUAAUGGAGCUAACGGAGCUAAUGGAGGUCAAACCCGUAGGUCCAACCUUUUCCGGACACCCUUUAAACUCUGAGUGGUGCCGUGUUUGUGUCCUCGUCCAUCUUCAUCCUGUAGAACGCUGACAACCGACGGAGCAGCUGGUGCAAAUACGGACCCGGUCCGACCCUGAUCCGACCCUACCUAAACUGACCCGACCCGACCCUGACCCUGACCCUGACCCUGAUCAGACCCAACCUAAACUGACCGGACCCGCCCCGACCGGAUCCGACCCGCCCCGACCGGACCCUGAUCUGACCCGACCCGCCCCGGCUGCCGCUCGUGCGCCUUCAAGCCUCUGCAGUGUUGUGCACGUUCACAGUAAACAAGAACUUCUUCAAAGUUCAGUUCGCGCAGUUUAACGUGAACUCGUUCAUAGCGACAUUUUUCAGAAUGAACUGACGAUUUUUAUGUUUUUUUUUUUGAGGUGUUGGACGUGGGAGGAAGGAAACACUGGUUUUAUUUUGAAUGGAUCAGUUUCUUGCUUCUCUUUCAGCUUUUUCCUGUAAAAUCACGUUUUUUCCCUGAACAGGUUUUUUUCGUCACGUUUACGCUUCAAGAAAAUAUGAACGUUCAUGCACAACACUGCUCCUUUAUAGCGGAGACAACCACACAACCCCAACGUGAUUGGUUGAUCUGGUGUAGCUCCGCCCCCCAGAGCCACGACGUGAAUGAAACACGUCAACACUUUAUGACUGAUGUAAUUAAUGUGAUUCAUAGAAGAGAGUUCACCUGGUUCCUUUAAAUAUCUGGGAAAUCUGUCCAGAACCACAAAGACAGAUUAGAUGGGUCCAGUUCCAGAUCCAGAUCCAGAUCCAGAUCCAGUUCCAGUUCCAGAUCCAGAUCAGAGAAAAUGUUCAACUUCUCAAAUCUACUGAAUGAAUAGAAUAGAAUCAGAGGAUGAAUGUGUUCCAGCUUCAUUCAGAUUCAACUCUUCUCUUCAGACUCAGUUUCAUGAUCAAAUGCUGAAUAAAAAAGUCCGACUCAGAAUCUGGACCCACUCACUGAUGAUUAAACUACAUUCAAUCAGACACAACAACACAACAUCUAACACACAAACACACAAUACAUCGGAAAAGUGCAACUACUGAGAAAUAUAAAUAAAUUCUAAAUGACCUCUAAUUGUGUAUCUCACUGAAUCUACGAGAACCAACACGGAACCAACACGGAACCAUGGAAACAUUCAGCGUCCUCCACAAUCCACUCAGGUUUUUAUUCUUUGUCCAGGUCUCAUAUGAUCUGAUAAAUCACCAGAUGGACGUGAACUCUGUGGAUCUUCUUCUGUGGUGGAUCUUCUUCUGUGGUGGAUCUUCUUCUAUGGUGGAUCUUCUUCUGUGGUGACAAAUCUGCUGUUACAUCUAAUGACGACUCACUUCUGGGUCGCGGCCCACCAGUUGAGAACCACGAGAAACGUCUGAGACCUAAACUCUGUCAUCAUGUCCUUCACACCUGGAGACAACAAGGACUCAUUAGAGAACCAGCUGAUUGGUCCAGGUCCAGGUCCAGGAACGCGGCCCGCGGGCUAAAAGCGGCCACCAGAGGGUCUAAUCAGGUCCACAGCAUCAAUUUACAAAGUGUGAAAAUGACACUGAAGACUGGAAUUAUUUAAUAGAAAUAACUUUAACUCUGUUUUAUUCAGAGAAGUGAACUGGACCCAGGAACCAGGACUAGACCUGAGUCCAGAUUACACUGAUUAUUAUUAAAGGACAUUUAAUUCAAUCUAAACGUUCUCUAAUCUCCUUGUUCUCCUUGAACUAAAACCAGUGUUACAGUCUGGAGUUGUCGUUGCGUCUAGUUUAUUAUUGUGUUGUGUUUCUGGUCCGGUCCCUUUAGACCAGACUGGUCUGAACGUGGCCCCUGGUCCAGAAUGAGUCGGACCCCCCUGGAUUGUAUUCACAGCCAACAACCCAAGUCUCUGAGUGUCCCUGAACGCACCAGCAGGGGGCUCUGCUGCUGGUUCUGAUUCCACUCAUGAUUCUAAAUGUACAGAAGAAGAGCUGAGUCAAGAGUGUGUGUAACUAAUGUGUUUGUGUUUUUAUCUGUGACAUCAGAAAAACCCAAAUAUCUAAUUUCUCCUGUUGCUUUUAAUUUGACAGGAAACGUGUAGAUUUCACCUGAUCUUUAAUAAACAGACGUUUGUGACAGUG